GUUAUCAGCCUGUGUUACAGUGAAUUACUUAAAAAGGAAAUUGGUGGAACUAUACGCUUCUAUUAAAUCAUGAUGAGGAGUCUCAACCCAUCUUUGCUGAUUAUUUUAACAUUAUUUUCGUCGUCUUUUUGUUAUGAUUUAAAAUGUGCUCGCAACGAAUCUGGUGGUACCGACGAUUUACCGGUGACUGUAAGCUGUGUUGUUUUUGACCUGGUAAUCAGGCCUGGUAAACCAAUAACAUCUAUUAAUGGAAACACUGAUCUGGACGCAUUGGAAUCGUACAACGAAUUGAUAAUCAGCCAUCAAAAAGUUAAGUUCAUACCCCCGAACAUUGCCACUUUCUUUCCACAACUUGAAAAAUUAGAAAUUUCGAACUCAGGCCUGGAAUGGAUCGAAGAAGCCGAUAUUAACGAGUUCACAAGUUUGAGGGAACUGAAUUUGGACAACAAUAAUCUCGCCAUUCUCGUAAAAGGUUUAUUCGCUUUCAAUACCGAAUUGGAGACUAUAAGCAUCCGCGAUAAUAAAUUGAUAUUUGUGCAUCAUCGCAUCUUUUACGAUCUAACGAACUUGCAAACAAUUGAUUUAAACGGGAAUUUAUGCACAAAAUCGUCUUACAAGCAACUUUAUACCUCCGAUAGACCCACCUUUCUGGCAGAAGACCCAUACGGUAACAGGAGAUACGUGGAAGAUUUUCUGGAAUCCAAUUGCCAAUCUUGGGAAGCCGCAUACGACAUCUACUACACAAUGUCUACAGAAUGGUACAGUGAUUUACAUUCGGAAAGCGACAAGCAGAUUCAGGGAUUAACACAUCAAUUGAAAACAUGCGAUCGAAAUUUGGACGCUGCACUCACGAACUUUGAGCAACAAAAAUCGUUGACUUCAAAUAUAAUCUACAUGAACAAACUCGACGAUUUACCGGCAAUCAAUCUGAGUUGUGAGAAUGAGCUUUGCGUCGCUGUUGACUUUAAAGUUUCCUUUGCGAACUCGUCAAUUCAAAGUGAACUUUACAAAACGCAACGAAUCAUGUCUCUCAAAAUUUACCAACAGCCGACUCUGUUUCUGCCACAGAAUUUGGACGAACAUUUCCCGAAGUUAAUCAACUUGUCGGUAACGGAAAGUGGACUUUAUGAAAUCGAUUUCACUGUUUUUGAAGGACUAGAUUUAUCGUCAUUAAACUUAACCGGGAAUAGAAUACACGAAAUUCCAGUCGAUACUUUCGCAGACCUGAACAACUUGCAAGUACUCGAUUUGUCAUUUAACAAAAUCAAUUCGCUUUUCGACGAUACUUUUACGAGUCUAAAGAGCCUUCAGCAACUGUAUCUGAACAACAAUUACCUAACUUCCAUUCAAAUUGAAAUCGUCAGAAAUUUGGAAAGUCUAACCGGCUUGUAUUUGCAAGACAACCAACUGAAAUUUAUCGGUGCUACUGUUUUGACACCGUUAACUAGCUUGGAAUCUGUUGAUCUCUUAGGCAAUGCAUGCAUCAAUAUGAGUCACCCGACAUCAUCCUUAGUAGAUAUUGAGGCAACGAUUAUCGACAAUUGCAUUGCACCGAUUGAACUUAGCUGCAAAUCUUAUCGAAUUGAAACCAACGAAAACGUCGAAAAUAUCAGUUACUGUAACGUUGAAGAUCUGUUGAUCGAGUAUCCAAAAACGAAGAUUUCGACGAUUCGAAAUAGAGAGCAAGAGCUACUCGAAUCCGUCAAAAUCUUCUUCGUCGACAGCCAGCCCAUAAAAUUUUUCCCCUUCCAAUUAUCGCAACACUUCCCCAAUCUUAAACGAAUUGCAAUUCAACAAUCCAAUCUAACAGCUUUGCUUCCAACGGAUUUUGAUGGAUUCCUGGCAUUGACUGAAAUAGUCAUCAAUAACAACAAUCUGUCAUCGAUCAGCGGCGGGACUUUUGAUACAGUUCCUCAGUUGGAACUAUUGGAUUUAUCGUCAAACGGCAUCACGACAUUACCACAGGACAUAUUUGCCAGACUAACUCGUUUGCAUACACUCAAUCUGGCAGAUAAUCAGAUCGUUCGAUUCAUGGCCGAAUUUUUGCCACGAAAAAAUGUCAUCGACAUAUUCCGCAUUGACCACAAUCGAUUGGAGUUCGUCGAGGCGAAAAUUAUCCGUUACAUACGGAGAGCCAAGCUUAUUGAUUUUACCGGAAAUGUUUGCAUCGACAUGCAAUUCGAUAAAAUCGAAAGCAAACCCCGAACUUUGGCAGAGCUUUCUGGUGAAAUUGACUUGAGUUGUUCGGCGAAGGAUUAAUUUGUGAUAGUCAUCGCAAUGUGAAUGAAAAUCAUGGGAAAAUGGUAAACAAAUCAUGUAAGACAAGGAUACGGUAAUUUUGAUAAAAAUAAACUUUAUAUACUGAUAGAAUAGA